AUUGGCUACCAAUGGAGAGAAGAGGCGCCGGUCCCCCGUUGGACCGGAGCUCGCGCGCGGGAGCCCGAGCCAGCCGCCGCUUUGACCUAUAAAUAAGAGGAGGAGAGAGCUCGGGGGUUGGACUGGGUGAAGAAGGGGCAAGGAAGGAAGGGGAGGGGAGGGGUUGGGGCGAUGGCUUGGUGGAGCUGCUUCGGCUGCGGCCCGUCGAUCGCCGCCGAAGGCGAGGUCCGGCUGCCGGAGCCGUUCCAGCUGCCGGCGCCCUUGCCCGACUGGCCGCAAGGAGGAGAUUUCUCUAAGGGCACAAUAUGCAUAGGCGAGCUCGAGGUUGCAAGUAUUACCAAAUUCCAGAGUAUAUGGAGCUGCUCAGGAGCUACAUUCUAUGAGCCGCAAGAAAUCCCUGAUGGUUUCCACUGCCUUGGGCACUAUGCCCAACAGAAUGACCGACCUUUACAGGGAUUUCUUCUUGUGGCAAGGGAAGCGGCUAGCUGCCAAUCGAUCAAUCUCAAGCCUGCUCUUGAGAAACCAUUAGAUUACACCCUUGUUUGGACUAGUACUGACUUGAAUGAUGAUGACAAUAGUGAUUGUGGUUGCUUCUGGUCACCAUCACCACCGGAUGGUUAUGAAGCUCUCGGCUAUGUGGUUACUAGAGGACCGAAGAAGCCCUCAUUAGAUGCAGUUCGAUGUGUGCGGGGUGACCUCACUGAUGAAUGUGAAAACUUUAAGUCAAUCACAAAUAUGGGAGGUAAUUGCUACAUCUGGAAUACAAGGCCUUGCCACCGAGGGAUGGCAGGAAGAGGGAUACCUGUUGGUACAUUCUUCUGUGGAACAGAUACAGAAGAAUCAGACAUUCCCUGCUUGAAGAACUUUGAUUCAAGUUUGAGUUCCAUGCCUAAUUUAGAGCAGAUCAAAGCACUGAUCGAGCACUAUGGACCAACUGUUUUCUUCCACCCGCAAGAGAUCUACUUACCAUCGUCAGUCUCUUGGUUCUUUGAGAAUGGAGCUACGCUCCACAAGAAAGGUAAAGAAAUGGGAGAUGUAAUUCUUGCUAGUGGUUCGAACCUUCCUGCUGGUGGGACAAAUGACGGUGAGUACUGGAUUGAUAUUCCUGAUGGUGAUAGGAAUGAAUAUGUCAAAGCUGGUAAUCUGAAGAGUGCUGAGCUCUAUGUGCAUAUUAAGCCGGCUCAUGGAGGAACUUUCACUGACAUUGCGAUGUGGGUGUUCUGCCCAUUUAAUGGGCCAGCAACAAUAAAGGUCGGAUUUGCUAGCUUUGCUCUACAGAAAGUCGGCAGGCAUACUGGUGACUGGGAGCAUUUCACCCUCCGUAUAAGUAACUUCUCAGGAGAGCUCUCAUCUAUCUACUUCUCACAGCACAGUGGAGGCGACUGGGUGGAUGCAUGUGAUCUGGAGUUCAUCUCAGGAAACAAAGCCAUCGUUUACUCAGCGAAGGAUGGCCACGCAAGCUAUGCGCACCCUGGAUGUUAUCUGUUGGGAUCUGAGAAGGCUGGUGUUGGGGUAAGAAACGAUGCAGCACGAAGCGAUAUUUUGGUCGAUUCGAGCACAAGGUAUAAGAUCAUCUCUGCGGGAAAUCUGGGAGAUGCCGUUAUCGAACCAUGCUGGCUGCAGUACAUGAGAGAAUGGGGCCCGACCGUGGAAUACAACUCACGGUCGGAGAUAGACGCUGUGCUUAGCUUCUUGCCCUUCUUUCUUCGGUUCACAGCUGAAGCAAUACUGAACAGUCUUCCGGUGGAGCUGUACGAGGAGGAAGGACCAACUGGACCAAAGGAGAAAAACAACUGGGAAGGCGAUGAGAGAGGCUAGAAGAUGUUUCCAACUUCAAAUAUAUGCUUCAUAAUUUGUUCCAGAAUCCAGAUAGCUCUAUAGAUAUGUACCCUAAGGGUGCUGUAAUAGUGAUAUUGGGAUCGAACGAUCGAUAUGCUUUGCCAAGGCAUUUCAGUUCAUAGAGUUUGUAGGUGAAAUGCUGGCAAAGCUGAAGGUUGAAGAGGUAAUCACGUUAUGUUGUCCUGUUUGAUCAUCUGGCCUGUUUGUACCUUGUGUCAGCUAUAACUCUGUUUCUAAGAACCAUAAACUAAAGCCGACAUAGUCGACAAAAGCUACUGACCA